AUGGCAGCCGUAGAAGACUACUCGCGGCCGACGACGCCUGACAACACGCCCAAUGGGCUCAGCUCGCCGCGCACGCCCAAGCAGACGGGCCUCGCGCUCACAGAGUACACGGCGACCCCCAGCCCGCCCAACGAGUCGUCGCGCGACAAGAGCAGCGUGGUGCCCGAGGCGUUCCUGCUGCCCAACGGGUAUCCUGAUUAUCUGCGCCUCAUCCUCACGUCGCGCGUGUACGAGGUCGUCAGCGAGACGCCGCUCACGCACGCCACCAACCUCAGCAACCGGCUCGAGUGCAAUGUCCUGCUCAAGCGCGAGGACCUGCAGCCCGUCUUCAGCUUCAAGCUGCGCGGCGCCUACAACAAAAUGGCCCACCUCGACCCCAAGCACCGCUGGCGGGGCGUGGUUGCGUGCAGCGCCGGCAACCACGCCCAGGGCGUCGCCUACUCCGCCCGCCACCUGAAGAUCCCCGCCACCAUUGUCAUGCCCUCGGGCACCCCCGACAUCAAGCACAAGAACGUCUCGCGCCUCGGCGGCUCCGUCAUCCUCCACGGCGCCGACUUCGACGCCGCAAAGGCCGAGGCCGCCCGCCUCGAGACGCUGCACGGCCUCGUCCAGAUCCCGCCCUUCGACGACCCGUACGUCAUUGCUGGCCAGGGCACCGUCGGCCUGGAGCUGCUGCGCCAGACGAAUCUGCAGAACCUGCACGCCGUCUUCUGCUGCGUCGGCGGCGGCGGCCUGAUAGCCGGCAUCGGCGUCUACAUCAAGCGCAUCGCCCCCCACGUCAGGAUCAUCGGCGUCGAGCAGUACGACGCCAACGCCAUGGUCGAGUCGCUCAAGGCCGGCCGCCGCGUGCUGCUCAAGGAAGUCGGCCUGUUCGCCGACGGCGCCGCUGUCAAGACGGUCGGCGAGGAGACCUUCCGCAUCUGCCAGGACGUCGUCGACGAGGUCGUCCAGGUCACCACCGACGAGACCUGCGCCGCCAUCAAGGACAUGUUCGAGGACACACGCUCCAUUGUCGAGCCCGCCGGCGCCCUUGCCCUCGCUGGCUUGAAGAAGUGGGUCAGCCGCAACCCCUCGCCCGACCGCGAGCGCGGCCUCGUCGCCGUUGCCAGUGGUGCCAACAUGAACUUUGACCGCCUCCGCUUCGUCGCUGAGCGCGCGGCCCUGGGUGAGAACAAGGAAGCCCUGCUCUCCGUCACCAUCCCCGAAACCCCCGGCGCCUUCGCAAAGCUCGUCUCCACCAUCCAUCCCAUGGGCGUCACAGAGUUCAGCUACCGCUACUCGGGCCCACAGGAAGCCAACAUCCUGGUCGGUGUCGAGCUCAAGGCCGCGACGCGCUCUCGCGACCUGCCCGAUCUCAUCGCUCGUCUUGCCGUCGAGGGCAUGACAGCGACCGAUCUCUCGCAAGACGAGCUCGCAAAGUCACACAUCCGUUACCUGGUCGGCGGUCGCAGCGCCGCCGCUGACGAGCACAUGUUCAUGUUCGAGUUUCCCGAGCGGGGCGGCGCCUUGUUCAAGUUUUUGAACACGCUGCAGCCGGGCAUGAACAUCAGUCUCUUUCACUACAGAAACUAUGGCGGCGAUGUCGCCAAGAUCCUGGCUGGUAUUCAGUGCAAGCAGGAAGAGAGCGCAAAGCUGACGGACUUCCUGAGGGACAUCGGCUAUCCUUACAAAGAGGUCACUGAUAGCGCCAGCUACAAGAUGUUCUUGAGGGAUUAA